GUCCAUGUGAUGCAGCUUGUCCUGUCCCCUGGAGUGGUCAGGCUCCUGCCAUGCAGUCAUGUGAGGGGUCCAGCCUGUGGUCUCUGGGACUUUACAUUGCUCAUGGUUCUGGGGCCCAUCAUUUAGUCUGAAGGUGCCCCCUCAUUGUUCCUGGGCCUGUUGGGUAAUGGAGGGGGACGUGGAUGUCCAUCCCUGUGACUUUGUUUUGCUGCACCACCAUGUCCCCUUAGAGUUAAUGAUUGGUGGGAGCCCUGGGGACAUCCGAUCUUGAUUCCCCCCAAAUUGGGCCUCCUGAUAGGUCCUGAGUUUCCUAGAGCCCUGGCUGCUCAGCCAAUAAGAGGCCGAGGGCUUUCCCCCACCCUUUUGUGGGUAUAUUUUUGUGUAUAAACCCUGCAGCCCCAGGUGGAUGCAGUGGGUCCAGCCCAACCCAGUGCUGAGCUCUCUGCAUGCGAAGCAGCUGGUCCUGCUCCCUUUCCAAGAUGCUGUUUUGGCACAACCAACAAGAGCACCUGUGGCCCAGCCCUGGGGAACUGUACCCGGGGCCGCCAAGCAGCUUGCUCAGGGAGCCCUUGCCCUUGCCCUACCUGAAGCAGGAAGAGCUGCCCAGCAUCCCCAGCGCAGAACCACCCUGCCCUGCGUUCCAGUAUGUGCUCUGUGCAGCCACCUCGCCGGCUGUGAAGCAGCAGGAGGAGACCUUAACCUAUUUGAACCAGGGCCAGUCCUAUGAGGUACGAAUGCUCUGCAACACCAAGCUGGGCUAUGCCACCCGGCUGCUAAAGAGUGUGGUGCGUGUGGUGUUCCACGACCGGCGCCUGCAGUACACGGAACAGCAGCAGCUGGAUGGGUGGAGGUGGAGCCGGCCCGGGGACCGCAUCCUGGACAUAGAUGUGCCACUGUCUGUAGGAGUGAUGGAACCCCAAGUGCUGCCCUCACAACUCAACACGGUGGAGUUUUACUGGGACCCGACCAAGAGGACCUCCCUCUUCCUGCAGGUUCACUGCAUCAGCACUGAGUUCACUCCUCGGAAAAAAGGUGGAGAGAAAGGUGUCCCCUUCCGCCUCCAGAUCGACACUUUCAAGCCCAGUGACAAGGAACUUCCGCCCGAGCACCUGCAUUCGGCUGGCUGCCUCAUCAAGGUGUUUAAGCCUAAAGGAGCUGACCGGAAACUGAAAACUGACCGGGAGAAGAUUGAGAAACAGCCCUUGCAUGAGAGAGACAAGUAUCAGACUGCCUGUGAGAGCACAGUCUUCAUGGAGUGUACACCAUGGCCAGAGCCCAGUUUGGGGCCCCACCCGCCUCUGAGCCCUCUUGCUUUGACCUCCCCACACUCCUGCAAGCUCCUGUCCCCGGAAAGGCUCUGCUCCUCACCACCAUUCACCGUGGACACCUCGAGGGGCAGCCCAGCUCGGGAUCUGAACCCUGGAGCUUCCAUCCUAGAGACGCAGCAAUGGUUGCAUCUGCACCGGUUCUCCAACUAUUGCCGGAUGCUGGCCAAUUUCACUGGCACUGAUCUGCUGAAGCUUACCCGCCAGGACCUUAUCCAGAUCUGUGGGGCUGCUGAUGGGAUCCGCCUUUUCAACACUCUUAGAGCCAGGCCCAUCCGUCACCGGCUGACCUUGUAUGUUGCUCGGGAGGUCUCUAGGCAAGAGAACGAGGUUCCUAAGAACCCUGACUCAGGCUUUUAUCAAGAGAUCUCUCUGGAUGAACUCAGUGCUGUAGAACUCAUGGGAAAAUUGGCUGAGUUCCUGGCCCUCCCAGCCAAUCAGAUCCACCGUCUCUUCCACCAGGGCCCUGGGGGCAUCCUCAUUCUCCUCAGUGAUCAGGUCAUUCAGAAUCUUAAGGAUGAAUCAUACUUUGUGGCUGUGGUGAAGAAAGGUAGGGGUUUUAGAGGGAGAGGUGUGUCCGGCAAGCCCUAGAAAGGAUAAGAUUGUUUAUAUUGGCUCCUAAAUGAGAUUGAAAGAUUCCAUGAAGGUGUGUGUGUGGAUGCUUUGUCCCAAUCAAGGGGUAAGUAUCUUCUGAAUGCUAGCUUUGUGUCAGAGGGGAUAGAUUCAUAAAAGACAGCUAUUUACUGCUUAGGGAAAAUGCAACUGAGUAAAUGCAUUCUCAUGAGGGAAAAAUACCCUAGUUUCUACAUCAGGGAGUUUUAUUAGCAGGAGAGGUAAGGACUCUGCUCUCCCCUCCCCACUAUUGUAAGGGCAGGUGCUUGUUAGACACCACCUGGAGCAGAGCACUUCUGAUCAGUUGGCUUGUGGCCUGGUUAUUCAGAUGCCUGCCCUCUGUCCCUCCCCUUUGCUGCGGUACCCAGGGAGGCUUCCUAAAGAGCUAGAUUCACGGUGGGGCAGAAGACCACUUGGAUGUGGCAGAUGCACUACAAGCUGUUUGGAGGUUUGGGAGCAGCAUAGUCAUGGUCGUUGGGUUCCCACAUCAUCCCAGUGGUGCCCCCCACUUUUUUUUUUUAACUGCUUUCAGUGCAGAAUCCAGAUGGGUACUACCUGGUUCUGACCUAGGCCCAGGGAUGCCCCACUGCAAGAGAAGACUGGUGCCAGCCUGGUUCUCUGGGGUCCUUGCUCACUAGAAGCCCUGUUCAAAUCUUCGGCUGCUUCACCAGGCUCCAGGUGAAGUGCCAGAUCGUGUAUCCUACCCCUGGGAGGAGACAAGCAGCCCCUAGGCUCACAUUUCUUUCUGCUCAGAAGCAACAGUUGUUGGAACCCUGGGGACACAAGGGUCUCACCUCCCAAACUGAGCUGAGCUGGCCAAGCCUGUGAGACAAAAAACCCAGUAAUGUGGAUAAGGGGCUUUUGCCCCAAGCUCUGCUGCUGAAGCAGAAUGUGUUAAUUCAUGUUUAUUUAAAAUUUUAUUCACCCACUUUUAAAUUAAACAUUAAUUUAAAAGGAGAUGUAAUCUGACUUUUCUUUUUGUUAGUUUGGGCAAAAAUUUAAUCACUAAAUCCUCCAAAAGAUUAUUCAACUAUUACAUUCUUCAGUUCUGGAGAUUUGGGAAUUACUACAGCUGUUCUUGAACAGUGAGGCUACAGGGCUUUAUUUAUAUUCUAAAUGUAGUUGAAUUAAAAUCAAUCUUUUAACUUUGUUUCUUUCCCUAUAUUAAGGUCAUAAUUUCCUAUGCAUAUUUUUCAAAGUUUAAAUUUUUAAUACUGUUUCAUUUUUAGGCCUAUAAUCUACCUGAAACUGAUUUUUUUUGGUGUAUCUUUUUUUUCCAUGCAGAAAUCCAAUUUUAUAUUAAGUGCUUUUUUAAAAAGACAAGUGAUACUGGGCUGUAUUUUAUUCUUAUACAUUUCACCCCCUUCUCUGAAAAUUUUAUUAUGAAAAAUUUCAAACAUACUGAAAAUAGAAGACCAAAUCAUUUGCAUGGAGUGGAAAACAGGCCAAGGUGCCUUCAUUGAUAAUUAACCUCAUUUAUCAUUUACUGACCAUGUCUGAUGAGUCUUAAAUCAGGUGGCCUCUGGUUAGGGAGGGCAGGAGGGAGGAAUGCCCUAAACAUUGGCAGAACUGGUGAACAGAACUAAAGAACAGGAGAACAGAAAGGCUGAUUAUAGAAGUUCAAAGACCCAGAACUUGCCUCCCUCAAAGCCCAGGCUGCUUCAAUACAGACAAGACAGCAGGCACCUGGAAUGGACCAUGGGGCCCCAGAUGACCAAUCCCGACCAGGUCUUUACCUCAUGCAAGAUAAGUGGAUUUCAAGUGGGGCCUAUGAUUUCACGGGGCUCCCUAAGGGUGUUGCAGGGCAGGGAAGAUAUACUGAGAUUUUCUCCCCACUGUGUGGGGGAGGAGGGGAUUAUUUAUUUACUUAAGUUGAAAAAACCUUUUGAACCCAGGACCUCAUGCAUGCACUCCACCACUCCUCCCUUGGAUACCCUGAGAUUUAAAUCUACGUUGCUGAUUUGGCUCCACUGCUUAUCUCCACCAAAAGGAGAGGGACCCUGUUGCAUUAGCCUCUGUGUAUCUCUUAACGGAGGAGCCUCUGGCACAGACUAGAUACAGAAAUAUUUGUUGAAACAGGGAAUAAAAGCAGGUAACAUAUGAGUGUUUAUGAUGUGCCACUAUUAUCACUUAAAUCUUCAGGAUUCUAAAGCAGGUACAUUACCCCGACUUUACCAGUGAAUAACUGAGACAGAUGGAGCUUUUAAUUAUGACACUACUCCCUCUCCUUCCCAGUCCAGGCAAGGCAAGGGCAAUGCUCUGCACAGGUAAGGGACUCAGGUUGAACUGUUACUAUCAAAGUAAUUAAGACAAAGGUUUUUAGGAACUCUUGAUUUAUAUUAUGCCUUCCGCUUUUCUUAGAGACAAGUGGAGUUCAGGUUAAGUAAAGGCUAUUGAAAAGGUACUAAGUAAAGAUACUAAAUAAGAAAUAAAGGGCAUUAAUUAAAGAAUAAGAAAAAAAAUAAGGAUGCAAAAAAA